AGAGUACAUAUUAUUUGUUAGAGACUCAUGUAUUACCUUCUCCCAUGUAUCUUCUAUUAGCUUAUAAUUAGUCAGUUUAAUGCACGGAAGGCAAAUUAAUUAAAUGAAUGCUCUGAAGAUUAUUGAUGUUUUCUACUAUGGGGGAGACAUUCGAAGUAUUUCUUAUUCUUCUAUUUCAUUAUAGGAAAUAAGUUUUCUUCUGCAAUUCCAACUUUGCUUGGCAAUAUUCAAGGAGAAGAAUUGCUGGUUUCUGAAUGUGAGGGAGGAAGUCCUCCUGGUUCUCAGGAUAGCAAUAAGGAUGAACCUAAAAGCGGAUUAAAUGAAGACCAAGCCAUGAUGCAGGAUUGCUACAGCAAAAUUGUAGAUAAGCUGUCCUCUGCAAACCCAACUAUGGUGUUACAGGUUCAGAUGCUUGUGGCUGAACUGCGCAGGGUCACUGUGCUCUGGGAUGAGCUCUGGCUGGGAGUUUUGUUACAGCAACACAUGUAUGUCCUGAGACGAAUUCAGCAACUUGAAGAUGAAGUGAAGAGAGUCCAGAACAACAACACUUUACGCAAAGAAGAGAAAAUUGCAAUCAUGCGGGAGAAGCACACCGCUUUGAUGAAACCCAUUGUGUUUGCUUUGGAGCAUGUAAGGAGCAUCACAGCAGCCCCUGCAGAAACACCUCAUGAAAAGUGGUUUCAGGAUAAUUAUGGUGAUGCAAUUGAAAAUGCCCUAGAAAAACUGAAGACCCCAUCAAACCCUGCAAAGCCUGGAAGCAGCUGGAUUCCAUUUAAAGAGAUAAUGCUGAGUUUGCAACAGAGAGCACAGAAACGUGCAAGUUAUAUCUUGCGUCUUGAAGAAAUCAGUCCCUGGUUGGCUGCCAUGACUAACACUGAAAUUGCUCUUCCUGGGGAAGUCUCAGCCAGAGACACUGUUACAAUCCACAGUGUGGGCGGAACCAUCACAAUCUUACCGACUAAAACCAAGCCAAAGAAGCUUCUCUUUCUGGGAUCAGAUGGGAAAAAUUACCCAUAUCUUUUCAAAGGACUGGAGGAUUUACAUCUGGAUGAAAGAAUAAUGCAGUUCCUAUCUAUUGUGAAUACCAUGUUUGCUACAAUUAAUCGCCAGGAAACACCCCGUUUCCAUGCUCGGCACUAUUCUGUAACACCACUGGGAACAAGAUCAGGACUAAUCCAGUGGGUGGAUGGAGCCACACCCUUAUUCGGUCUUUACAAACGGUGGCAACAGCGGGAGGCUGCCUUACAAGCACAAAAGGUUGAUUAA